AUGGUGGCCGGCGGCCGGCAGCACGAAGGCUUUGAACUUUUAGCAGGCAUCCGGCAAGGCUGUCCGCUCUCGCCGCUCCUCUUCUCAGCAGCAGUUGACAUUUUGCUUCGGAGAAUAUCGCGGCUUGUUCCAGAUGCGGUGGUCCGGGCCUAUGCCGACGACGUGGGCGCAGUGCUUCCUUCCGGCACGGGGUCCUUCCCGGCGCUCAUUCAGAUUUUCGAGGAGUUCGCUCGGAUCUCGGGACUGCGUCUAAGCUUACCAAAGACGGUAAUCGUCCCAUUGUUCCUGCAGGAGCUGCCGGAGUUUGCUGCGGCGGUUGCUUGGAACUUCCCUGCUUGGGCCGGAAUGCGCACAGAGCGUCACGCCAAGUAUCUCGGCUUCGUGUUGGGCCCCGACCGCGGCGAACGAUCCUUCGAGAAACCGCUCCAGAAGUUGAAGACAAGGGCGGAGGCCUGGGGCGCGGCGGGGGGCGGCUUACUUUUGACCAUCUUGGCAUACAAGGUGUACAUCCUCCCGGUCGUCGGCUUCCUUCUUAAACUCGACUCCUUGCCCGCUGCCUGGGCCAGCGCAGAGGCUGCCGCCUUCCGUUCCCUGGUUCGAGGGCCUGGUGCGUGGUGUGUGCCGAACGACUUGCGCAACCUCCGCGCAUUCGGUUUCCCGCAGGAGUUCCCGGACGCCGCGCUGCUCUCGCUGGCGAGCCGGUUUCGGGUGGCGCACUUGGAGGCGAAGCCGACCGGGCUUCGCGGGGAGCAGCGUGCGCGCGAGCUUCGCCAUUGGCUGGCGAAUACUGAGCACGUGGUGAGGAUGGGGACUUGGGCGUCUUGGUUCCAGCGGGCGUUCGCUGUGCAGCUGGAGGACGCAGUUCUUCAUUUUCGACGCGUCGGAAUCACCCCGCUGGCGCUGGAAAACGAGCUGACCGGCGGCGAGCAGAGGCCUUUCCGGCAGAGCACUGCUCACCGAGUGCGUCGCCGCUUCCAGGGCGCCGCGCUGGCCGCUUUACCCGUGCCUCCGACGACCUGCAUUGAGACGAGGACCCGCCACAAGCUGGAAUAUUGGGACGUCCCGCAACUCCCGCGCAUACGCGCCCAGCGCUGCCUGCAGGUGCUCGGCCGCUUGUCGGCGAUGGUCCCGCCGAGAGUGCUCGCGGCGACGUGGCGCACGCAGUGGAACGGGUGGGUGACCUUCCGGCGCUUCCAAGGGCGAGGUGGUCACGCCGACCGCUGUGCCUUCUGUGGCCCUGGCGCCCAAGAUGCAAUCCAGCAUUAUGCGUCGUGUCCCCAUGUGUGGAGAUUCGCGCAGUCGCGACUGGGGAUGCAGCGUCCGGCUUCCUGGGGGGAGUGCUUGGCUUGCUUUCUCCUGCUGGACAUGGGCCCGAACAGCAUCGACGCGGAUCCGCUGCUACUGGCGCGCAAGACACUCCGCACUGCAGCCGUGUACAAAGUGCACUGCAUGGUUCGCCACGGCGCAAUCCCUGCAGGAGCGGCGGCGCAGGAGGCUCUUCAACAGGCAGUCUGGGAGCUGGUGCGGGGCCACGCUGCCGCGAACCGGGCGCUUGGGCAGUGGUGUUGA